ACCCCCGCUCCACCCCCGCGCUGUCCAGCAUGAACCUGCGUGAGGUGCUGAAGAAGUACGGCAAGGACGUGGGGCUGCACAUUAAGGCGGUGCGCUCCUACAGCCAGCAGCUCUUCCUGGCGCUCAAGCUGCUCAAGAAGUGCAACAUCCUGCACGCCGACAUCAAGCCCGACAACAUCCUGGUGAACGAGUCCAAGACGAUCCUGAAGCUGUGCGACUUUGGUUCCGCGUCGCACAUCGCCGACUGUGACAUCACCCCCUACCUCGUGAGCCGCUUCUACCGCGCACCCGAGAUCGUGAUCGGCAAGGCCUACGACUACGCCAUCGACAUGUGGUCCGUGGGCUGCACGCUGUACGAGCUGUACACGGGACGCAUCCUCUUCCCCGGAAAGACCAACAACCACAUGGUCAAGCUCAUGAUGGACCUCAAGGGAAAGAUGCCCAACAAGAUGAUCCGGAAAGGGACAUUCAAAGAUCAGCACUUUGACCAAAACCUCAACUUCAUGUACAUUGAGGUGGACAAGGUCACAGAGAGGGAGAAGGUGACCAUCAUGAGCUCCAUCAACCCCACCAAGGACCUGCUGGCCGAGCUGGUGGGCUUCCAGCGGCUGCCCGAGGAGCAGCGAAAGAAGGUCCUGCAGCUUCGCGAGCUGCUGGAGCAGACGCUGAUGCUCGACCCGGCCAAGCGAGUCUCCAUCAACCAGGCGCUGCAGCACCCCUUCAUCCAGGAGAAGAUCCUCUAGUGGGGAGGCGGUGGAUGGGGGCGGGAGGCGGGAGGAGGCGGGAGGAGGCGGGAGGCCGAUUGCCUGCCGCCGCCGCUUUGGUCGUGUUCGGUUGGCAUUUGUUGGCGGCGGCGGAGAAGACGACAAAGCCGCCGCCCCGGCGUUAGAGGAGAGGACAUUUGGCUCGUGAAGGGACCAGGGUUUUGGAUUUCGG